UAUUACAAGUCACCAAUUACAUUUCUGCGUCCAAAGGCCGCGCAGCAAAGGUUAAUUCAGCCCAUGAAUAAAGACGAGAGUGAAAAACGAGAGAGUGGAGGCAGAAACCAAGCGCGCAGCACGGAUAGAGUUUCUCCUGGAUAAACUUAUGGUGAUCGCUGAGUGCGCCCCGCUGUUCCAGCCCGGCGUCGUGUUACCUUCCUCGGGGCAUCAUGGGCUCGUAAGAUGCCUUCUCUGUGGAAACGGAUAACAUUUUCGGUGGCCUCGGUGCUCUGUAUCGGCUCGGUGGUCCUCUUGGUGGUGGCUUUGUCCUCGGAGCGGUGGGUUACCGGACGGAUCCUGUGUAAAACCGGGGUGGAAAUAGUGAAUGCGUCAAAUCCAGAGCUGGACCAGUUCAUCGGGCAUAUUUAUUACGGGUUGUUCCAGGGAGGAAAAAACAAGAGGUGCGGGCUCGGGAACAGGCGCUCCAAAAUUUACAUUUUCCCAAAGCUUGUGCGGACACUGAAUGGUGGCCUUCACAUGAUGGUGAUUCUUUUCCUGCUGGUGGCUGUGGGUUUUGCGCUGGUUAGUCUGUCUUUCUGCAUUUACAAUGCACGCAAGGUUCCCUACCAGAGCAUCAAAGGGCACAAGGGACUCUAUCUGUGGAACAUCAUCGCCGCUUUUUUUGGUGCCCUGGGUGUUCUGUGUUUCCUGGCAGCCGUUAGACACCAUCGUCUGACAGAGCGAGUGGCAAACUUUCGGGAGAACCUCUUCAUCCUCAUUGUCCUGGAUGACAGUCUGGACUGGUCUUUCUGGCUUGGUGUAGCCAGCAUUGCGACUCACUUUGCUGUCUGUGGACUGGUUGCGAUGAGUCGGAUCAAGCUGCCCAAACCGGAGGUCAAGAAGCCUGAAGAACCCACUAUUUCUGCUCUGGACCUGCUCUACUGAAGGACUGACUGAAGAGCAUUGUUUUUAGAAUUUUUAUCACUGAUGAUAGACAGGAGCAAACCAGUGAAACCAGCACAGUGCCAGGGCCCUGUUCCUUUGUAGCUAUAAGUGACUUUUAGGCUUGUUACAGCCAGAAUUAAAACUGAUGACUACAUAACUCAACAUGUUGGAAGUAAAGUGGUGCCUAAACUCAGUGCUGCAAAUUUUCCAAAUAAGAUUUGAAAUGAAAGCACAAAUUAUCUGACAAAUGCUAAGCUUGGGGCUUCUGAGGACCCUGUUAAAUUCAUCCUUACCUU